ACUCAAAACAACCCACUCCCAGCAACCCAAGCUAGAUCUCUCCAAGAUCUCUACUAUAUAGUCUGAUUUGGAGAGAUGUACGAAUAUAAAUACCUCUUCAAGAUCCUUGUCGUUGGCGACUCUGGUGUGGGCAAGUCCUGCCUCCUGAGGCGCUUCGCCGACGGACGUUUCUCCGGCCAACACCAGUCCACCGUGGGCAUUGACUUCAAGGUCUGUACCGUGGAGCUGGGCGGGAAUGUGGUGAAGUUGCAGAUCUGGGACACGGCCGGCGAGGAGCGUUUCCAUUCCCUAUUGCCGGCUUACUACCGUGGUGCCCAUGGCAUCCUGCUGGUCUACGACACCACAUCGUUGAUCAGCCUCCGUAACCUGGACAGCUGGCUGCAGGAGAUCGGACGCUACUGUCCGGAACAGGUCUGUGUGCUGAUGGUCGGGAAUAAGUGCGAUGAGGUGGACGACCGUCAGGUGGGCCAAGAGCAGGCCAUGUCCUUUGCGGUGAAACGAGGUCUGGACUUCCGGGAGGUGUCGGCCAAGAGUGGUGUCAACGUGGAGGAUGUCUUCCUGUCCCUGGCAUUGGAUAUCUAUGAGACGCUGGUGCUAUCGCCAUCGCCCACCCGGCGCCUCAAGGGCGGCUGGGAUGCCCGGAUCAACAUGGACGAUGAUGAUGAGCAGUCGUUGGGCGGACCGGAGAACUGGCGCCGGCUGCGGGAGGGAAGGGGGGAGAGUAGUUCGACCAUCCGUCUGGGUUCUGGGGGGAACCGGAGUGGCGACCACAUCGAUUCCUGUUGUUGAAAGAAGGCUCCAUAUUAUUCCAAAGGACACACAAAGUGGGAACUAUGGCCCGGAACAUAAGCUGCCAAUUAUUCUUCAUCCUACACUGGCAGAAAUAGGUUUUGAAAUUUAAGUUAAAUAUCUGUGAUUUGUUGGAAACUUUAGCUUAAAUAUAGAAAUUAAGAA